AUGCUCGUUGAACAGCCCCUGUCGGCCAAAACGCGAAGCCGCACAGCCCGUCCACCGCAAAUACACACGCACAAGAACCACGACACAUACAAUGGCGUCCUCCGUCUACCGCAGAUGAUCCACGUCCACGUCAGUAGCCGUCCUCAAGACCGCAGCCGCAACAGCACCACGGCGUCUCCCACGGAUAGCAGGCAGACAUACUCCUACUACACCAUCACCCUCCAUUACCCGCACAACCGCGCCUGCGAGAUCUACCGUUCCCGGGAUGAGGUGCACCUGCUGAGGCGAAAGCUAAGCUUUAUCAUGAGCCGGAAGCCGCGCCGAAACUCCAAGCCGGCAACGGAUGGA